CCCCCACUCCCGUUGUUCAGAUGGAUAAAGUUUGAGGAGAAGGUGGAGGCGGGCGGCGAGCGCUGGAGCAAGCCCCACGUGGCCACGCUGUCCCUGCACAGCUUGAUGGAGCUGAAGACGUGCAUCGAGAAGGGCUCCAUCCUGCUGGACCUGGAGGCCUCCACGCUGCCGCAGGUUGUCGAGCUGAUCACCGACAGCCAGAUCGAGGCGGGUCAGUUGAAGGCGGAGCUGAAGGAGAAGGUCACGUACACGCUGCUGCGGAGGCAUCGCCACCAGACCAAGAAGUCCAACCUGCGCUCCCUCGCCGACAUCGGCAAGAGCGUCUCCAGCGCGAGCAGGCUGUUUAGCAACCAGGAGAACGCGCGCAACCCCGCCGAGCACGCCGUGCCUUGUUCACACGCGCUGCAGCCGGAGGACCCGUGUGAGGUCACCCGCAGCUCCAGCAUGGGAUACCUCUGUAGCCCCGCUACGUCCCACAGAAACCUCACCUCCAACAGCCUGAGCGACUUCUCCGACAAACCCGAGCGGGAUCAGCUGAAGAACAAGUUCAUGAAGAAGUUGCCCCGCGACGCGGAGGCGUCCAACGUGCUGAUCGGCGAGGUGGACUUCCUGGAGACGCCCUUCGUGGCGUUCGUGCGUCUGCAGCAGGCCGUCAUGCUGGGCGCUCUGACCGAGGUCCCCGUGCCCACGAGAUUUCUCUUUGUCCUGCUGGGCCCCAAAGGUAAAGCCAAGUCCUACCACGAAAUCGGACGAGCCAUCGCCACCCUGAUGUCCGACGAGGUGUUCCACGACAUCGCCUACAAAGCCAAGGACAGGCGGGACCUGCUGGCCGGGAUCGAGGAGUUCCUGGACGAGGUCAUCGUGCUGCCCCCCGGGGAGUGGGACCCCAACAUCAGGAUAGAGCCCCCCAAGUCUCUGCCCUCCUCGGACAAGAGGAAGAACAUGUACGCCGGGGUGGAGGCCCCUCAGAUGAACGGCGACACCCCCCACGAUGCGGGAAGCGGCGGAGGCCACCAGGUCGGCGAGGAGCUUCAGCGCACUAGAAAGUUUUGCGGAGGUCUCGUCCUGGAUAUCAAGAGGAAGCUGCCGUUCUUUGCCAGCGACUUCUGCGACGCGCUGCACAUCCAGUCGCUGUCGGCCAUCUUGUUCAUCUACCUGGGCACGGUCACCAACGCCAUCACGUUUGGAGGGCUGCUGGGCGACGCGACGGAAAACAUGCAGGGCGUGUUGGAGAGUUUCCUGGGCACGGCGCUGACGGGAACCGUGUUCUGCCUGCUGGCCGGUCAGCCCCUGACGAUCCUCAGCAGCACGGGCCCGGUGCUCGUGUUUGAGAAGCUCCUUUACGGUUUCAGCAAGGACAACAGGCUGGACUACCUGGAGUUCCGCCUGUGGAUCGGCCUGUGGUCGGCCGUGUUCUGCCUGGUGCUGGUCGCCACGGACGCCAGCUUCCUGGUGCAGUACUUCACGCGGUUCACCGAGGAGGGCUUCUCGGCGCUCAUCAGCUUCAUCUUCAUCUACGACGCGUUCAAGAAGAUGCUGAAGCUCUCCCAUCACAACCCCAUCAACCCCAACUACAGCGCCGACCUGGUCACCCUCUACCGCUACGACUGCAACUGCGCGCCCGGCAACUCAUCGGAACCGUACGGCGUCUACCCGUGGUCCAACGACACCGACGUGGCCGAGAACGCCACCUGGGCGUCCCUGACCAAGCACCAGUGUCUCCACUACGGCGGCGAGCUGCUGGGAGAGGCCUGUGGCUUCGUGCCCGACAUCACCCUGAUGUCCUUCAUCUUGUUCUUCGGGACCUACACCUGCUCCAUGACGCUGAAGACGUUCAAGACGAGCCGCUUCUUCCCCACCACGGUGAGGAAGCUCAUCAGUGACUUUGCCAUCAUCUUGACCAUCCUGCUCUUCUGCGGCGUGGACGCCUACGUCGGCGUGGACACGCCGAAGCUCAUCGUGCCGAGGGAAUUCAAGCCCACGAGUCCACACAGGAGCUGGUUCAUUCCCCCGUUCGGCGGCAACCCUUGGUGGGUGUACCUGGCGGCCACCAUCCCGGCUCUGCUGGUCACCAUUCUGAUCUUUAUGGACCAGCAGAUCACCGCCGUCAUCGUCAACAGGAAGGAGCACAAACUCAAGAAAGGCGCGGGCUAUCACCUGGAUCUGUUCCUGGUGGCCGUGCUGAUGAUCAUCUGCUCCUUCAUGGGCCUGCCGUGGUACGUGGCCGCCACCGUCAUCUCCAUCGCCCACAUCGACUCGCUGAAAAUGGAGACCCAGACGUCGGCGCCCGGGGAGAUGCCCAAAUUCCUGGGCGUCAGAGAGCAAAGGGUCACCGGUAUCUUCGUGUUCCUGCUGACGGGGCUCUCCGUCUUCAUGGCCCCCAUCCUCAAGUUCAUCCCCAUGCCGGUGCUCUACGGCGUCUUCCUCUACAUGGGCGUGGCGUCGCUCAACGGCGUGCAGUUCAUGGACCGGCUGCAGCUGCUCCUGAUGCCCGCCAAGCACCAGCCGGACCUGAUCUACCUGCGCCACGUGCCGCAGAGACGCAUCCACCUCUUCACCUUCAUCCAGGCACUGUGCCUGGCCUUCCUCUGGAUCCUCAAGUCCACCGUGGCGGCCAUCGUCUUCCCCGUCAUGAUCCUGGCGUUGGUCGCCGUCCGCAAGGCGAUGGACUACGUGUUCUCCCAGCACGACCUCAGCUACCUGGACGACGUCAUCCCGGAGAAGGACAAGAAGAAGAAGGAGGACGAGAAGAAAAAGAAGAGCAAGAAGAAGGGGAGCAUAGACAGCGAGAUCGAAUUUUCCGACUACCCCUACAAUGAAAAUAUACCCAGUAUAAAAAUCUCUAUGGAUUUGAUGGAGCAGGAGCCCAUGUUGGGCGAUAAAUCUGUGGAUAGAGAUCCAUCCGCGGCUUUCCUUAACCCGCAUUCGACGUGCUGAGCACUACUUUGAGUCCCCCACUGUGGCCGAUCUCGAGAGGAGUUCGUACACAAAAGCUCUGCCUCAGAUUCGAGUGGGCAGGAACUCUGAAGACCAGGCUUUCUUCUGGAGGAAGGGCUCCGAAACCGAUCUGUGAAUGAAUUAUCCAAAGCAGCGGACGGCGGAACAACCCCGUUUUUGUGCUAUUGUACCAAAUUAUGUUUUUUUUAAAAUAUAUAUAAUUAUAUAAUUAUAUUUUAUUAUAAUAAAAUAUAACAUUUAUUAUAAUAUAAUAUAUAUAUAUAUAUAUAUAUAUAUAUUAUUAUAUUUUAUUAUAAUAAAAUAUAAUUUAUUAUAAUAUAUAAAAAUAUAAUAUAUAUAUAUUUUUUUAAUAUACUAUUAUUCCUCCAUGUGAUUUAAAUCCGAAGGGCUGGAAGUAUUUGUCUUGAAUUUGAAACACUUGGUUGGUACUUUUAAAUGUCUUCUUCAUCCUCGUGAGUCCCAGCAGAAAACCAAAGGGCUCCUCAAGGUCAUGAGACAAUAAUAUCUAACGAACGCGUACGUCAACAAGCGCACGCCAAAGUAUUUUAUCUCAAACUGUUUUCCUUUUCUUUCUCUUUAAUCCAUUUGACACCAAACCAAAGCAGACUCUCCUCUUGUACAGCUGCUCUCAGCGGAGUUCAAAUCUAAAGAGUAAAACACGGCGGAGGAGACGCAUUCAAAUCCUCCUCCACGUUCAGCAAACCAAAGGGCUACAGGAGAUUCAUGUAGUAUUUAUGGGCAUAUCGAUUAUUUAUAAAGUACCUGCAUGUUGAUCAAACUCAUCCACGAGGUCACGGAAGGUCAGGUGGGUUUUCAGCGGAAACGGUUGACCGUCACGCAGACGGGAACUUCGGUUUCUGUCUAGUUUCCCAUAUGUUUCCCGCCUUUUUCUCUAUUUAUUGUAUUUAAACUCUGGGCAGAUGAGCUGCUCGACCCUAAAGUAUGACUUUACCAAAGACCCCCCCCCCCCCCCGCCCCAGGUGUGGAAAUCUGAAGGUCUUCUUUGUGUAGUCCGUAUCCACAGGAGAUAUAGACGUAUUCUACCUUUUAUGUAGCGCUACCUCUUAUAUUUCUGUAGGCGCCAGGCAUUUUAUAUAUAUAUAUAUAUAUAUAUAUAUAUAUAACAUCUGUCGUGCAAUUAAUGGUGAUCAAACACUGAUUUUAUUCUGGGGGGGGGGUCUCUGGAUCUUCUCCUUGGGUUCCUGCUCUGUGACACUUAAGAUAUUGUAUUUUUCUUUGUCAAGAUGAAAAGAUUAUGUAUGUAUUUGCCAUGUUUUUAAAGGGUUAUUCCACCAGAAUUGUAUUUCUCAUCCCAAAAACAAGAUGCGUUUUUUUUCUUUCUGUUUGAUGAUUUCCGUGCUGACGUUGGGUAGAAGACGAUUGCCUGGAACAUUCUCACGCACUCGACUGUGAACUUAAACCCGAAACGGCUUGAGAUGGAUUUUGCUUUUUGAAUCGUGAUCAUAUUCAAACUGUGAUACAUUUUUAAAUCUUUGAGUACAUUUUGUUUUUAAAGUGUUCGUAUUUUAUGCAAAUCAACGAUUGGAGGGAAGUUCUGCUUCAAAGCUCCCGGGGUGAAAGUCAACAGCUUCACCGGCUCAUGUAUCCUCAUCAGAAUCCCAUUUAGUGUCUUAAAUGUCCUCGUUCAAAUUGUUUGAUCAUGUGUGUACUGCUUAUCGAGUUCUGAUUCCGGAUAUUAACACUUAUUUAAAUGUGUGAUCCGUCUCAAUCGCUUGAAAUACUGACGAAAAGGAACCUGCGCAAUAAGACCUUUUGAUUCAUGCGUUCACAAUCACACGGAUGAUCCAGAUGUGGAGCACCUGACUGUUACAGCUGCUUUGAUACAGACAUCACAAAGCGGGUCUUCCUCGCUCAUCUGGACUUCUUGGAUCCGAUUCCACAAUUUAAUACAACGUUUUUUGAACAAACCAUCGUACGUGCUGCAUAACCAACAGUUACUCCCAAAGCUGUCCGUCUCUUUUUUUAUCGAGUCGUGUUUUGAAUGAGCACAAUAAACGUUCAGAUGAUUCUUA